GAGCUGGAUGACAUGAUGCUGCAGAGCCCGCUCACCUCCACGCCGUUUUCUGUCAAGGAUAUCCUGAAGCUGGAGCAGCAGCAGCAGCAGCAGCAGCAGCAGCAGCAGUCCGGGUCCCUGGAGCUCACACACCGGGUCCACAGCCAGCAGCAGCAGCAGCAGCAGCAUUUCCAGACCCCACCGUCCUGUAUGCUGGCCGGGGCCCGGGACAGCCCGUCCUUCUCGGACGGGGAGGACAACUUGGCUUACCUGAGCGCGCUGGCGGUGCGGGAGGAGGAGCGCGGGGACACCAGCCUCUCCCCGGACAUGUACGUCCACCACGGCCUACAGGGAGCCAAGCUGGAGGCCGCCGAGCUGGAGGAGCAGGAGAGCAAGAGCUGCGGGCUGCUGCCCCGGGAGGAGGCGGCGGACGGCGGCCCCGGUGAGUCGGAGCGGCCGGUGCAGAAGCAGCGGAGCCGGCGGAGGCCCCGGGUGCUCUUCUCCCAGGCGCAGGUCUUCGAACUGGAGCGGCGCUUCAAGCAGCAGCGCUACCUGUCCGCCCCGGAGCGGGAGCACCUGGCCACCACGCUCAAGCUCACCUCCAACCAGGUCAAGAUCUGGUUCCAGAACCGCCGCUACAAGUGCAAGCGGCAGCGGCAGGACAAGUCCCUGGAGGCGGCGGGGCAGCAGCAGCAGCACCACCCGCCGCCCCCGCCGCGGCGCGUGGCCGUGCCGGUGCUGGUCCGGGACGGGAAGCCGUGUCUUGGCGGCGCGCAGGGCUACGCCGCGGCCGCUCCGUAUGGAUCCAACCCGUACAGCUAUAACGGAUACCCCGCCUACACCUACAACAGCCCCGCGUACAACUCCAACUACAGCUGCACCUACAGCAGCAUCCCGGCGCUGCCCGCCGCCGGCGCGCAGAACGCCUUCAUGAACGUGAACCUGGGGAACGUGAGCGGCCUCGCCGGCUCCACGCAGGCCCAGACACACCCUGGGACCACGGUCACGUCCUGCCAGGGCUCCCUGCAGGGGAUCCGGGCCUGGUAG